UCAUACCGGCGGAUAUCGAUAAUAAAAGUCAUAAAUUGAUAACAUUUACCGUUCACACGCUGCUCACCCAUUUAUGUAGAAACUUGUGUUUCCCCAGAAAAUCUGCAUCAUUUUGAGUCGGCACAUAAACCAAAGAGGUCUUUUAUACACAAGUGACAAUGGCGGAAGCAAUAAUCACUAGAACUACCCGAAGACAGCAGGAAUUUUUCGCUGAAUUGUUAGGAACCGAGGAAAUUCUAUGGGAUCAUGGUACGAAAGAAAGCUUGAAUAUCAAAGUCAAAGAGCUUAUACGCGAUCCAACGAUCCCGACAGCUGUUCCAGAAACUGCAGAAGAAAAGAAGAAAAAAAUUGCUUUGGAAAAACAAAUCGAGGUCAAUAAAAGACUGCGUGAGACGCUCUAUAAUGCGGUGUGGAAUCAACGAAAAUAUUCAAAUAAACAAUUGCUGUCCAACAUUAUUUAUGUCCUGGUUGCCGGUGAUACAACUGACAUCAAUUUUGCCGAGGAUGCCACAACUUGGUCAUGUCAUCCAGUGUUUCGCACACGCCGCUGUGUGGUCGAUAGCGAUGGGCAAAGCGGUAACAGCUCAGACUGUUGCAUGACAUUUGUCGAUGAAACUGGACGUGUGUAUUCGAACUGGGAUUCGUAUGUGUCGGAUAAUGUCUUACCCGCUGGCGUUAUGGUGGCUCCCCAUCGUGGUAUCUAUAGGUUGGUCGAGAAUGUCCAACUUAGAUUGGACAAGUACUUAACGCCCGCGGCUUCCGGAACGAAGAAGGCCAUCGGCGUUCUAGAUACAACGUCAGCGAUUGGAGGAAUCACAGCAUCCUGCGUGCCAAUAGCUGCUCUACUUAGUGUUCCUGUCGCAGCACCUGUAUUUGCAGUUGCUGGAGUCGUUGGUUUAUUAUCGGCUGGAUAUGCCACAAUUCGUUCAGGUAGUCAGCUGGUGGAUCGCAGCCAGCACGAGCAAUCUAUUAAUGUGACAGAGCGUGAGCCGCGUGGCCACUGGUUGGGUGUGGUUGCUGGUGCCGUUGGAUUGGGCGCUGCUGGUGCUUCAACUGCUAUUGUUUCAGCUACAACAGCAGGAAAAGAAGUAGGAGCGAUUGCCCAGUUAACAGUCAAUGGUAUGAAUAUUACCUCGAUAGUUAUAUCGGGUACUGGUGUCGCUAACGGAGUGCUCGAUUUGAUAUUGAAAUAUCAGGAUGGCGAUGAUGUUACCGCCGUAGAUGCGCUUCAAUUGUCGGCAUCGUUGGUGCUCUUCACCCACAGUGUCUACAAUUUCCGUCUGGCAUCGACAAUUGUCAAUGAUACGGCAAAUAGCAAAAUAGCUGGUUAUCGCGAAACCCUGAGCAAUCGCCAGCGGCGUGCCUUUGAUAAAGUUUCGAAAGAAACUAUACGAAUUCGCGGACCGACACGUGGCAAGCUUGAUGUCAUACGCAACGUAAAUGAGGGCUCAAAGCAGCAAUUUAACGAUCUCUUUAAGAUCAACAAGCAGCUUAAUGAGAAAGGCGUGAAAGCCUCUUUUGCCAGCGAUGGUGCUGACAUAUUACUCAACGAUCAGGUGCGAACUAAUGCAGCCGAUUUGCGGGCCAGUGCCCAGCACAAUGUGGGCCCCGAUAUUUUGGGUCAGGUCAGCCAGGACAUUCCACAGAGCUAUGAGACCGGCUCCGGUACAGGCAAUCGUCCCAAUACGCAGUAUCGAUUGUUCACACCUAACCCGACAAUGCAAGAUCCAGGAUUGGAACCCGCAAACUAUGCUCCUGGCGUUUAUGCUCUCGAGUUAAGUACAAUUGUGAUCAAAGGUGUACGGUUUCUACUAAGCGAUUAUGGAACUGCUCUCUUCGAGCACAUUUAUAAUGCCGAAAGUUUUGAGUACGCCAUCAGGAGAAUGGCCAAUGAAUUGUCGCCAGAGGUUUUUAAUCAUAUUAUGAAUUUGACAAAAAUAUUUGUGGAAAACUUAUUGGACGAUUUGACUUCAGUUCUAAAAUUCUGUAUUUCAUCAGAAUCGGUGCUAUAUCAGAUUUUAGAGGAGGUUCUGAAACAUUAUCGCAACAAUUUACAACUCGAGGAAAUUCAAAAUUACACUUCAGAUAUUUUAAGAUCUGUUUAUGAUUAUUUUCAAUCACUAAAUCCCAAUUCAUAUCCCGGUUUGCUUACUAAAUGCAAACACUGCGCAGGCUAUUUCCAUGUGUCACAAUUGUAAAUUGUCACAAAUGCCUUAUACAAUUAUAUUUGUUAUAUAUAUAUUUAACAUACUGAUAAGAAAAUGAUAAAAAAAAAAAAAAACCUUAUGAGCAAGAAAUCAUGUACAAUAACACAAGUGCCUUAGUACAUUUAAUAUAAAUCUAACACACAGGGACAAGAAAGUCGCAAAAAAAUCAUGCACAACUACGUAUAUAUUUUUGAAUACACUAUUUUUGUAUAACAAUUUACAAUCAAUAAAAAAUCCACGAACAACA